GCUGGGAACGCUGCGCGUCGAGCUUAGGGGCGCAAAAGCGGCUUGGCGCUGGCCACGGGGAGGGAUUUUGAUUGGCCAAUUCAUCCUCACUCUGGAUUGGGCUGAAGGACGCGCAGCAAACAAGUUUAUCGCAACUUCAGGUGGUGCGUCACUGGAAGUUUUCUUUACGCGUGCCAAAACAGCAAAGGCAUUUUGGAGUUGCUCUACGAGCAUGGGAAUCAUCCAGCGGUGGGAUUUUAUUUCUGGUUUUGCAGGCAGGAGCUCAGCAGAGGAUUUAUUGUGACUCGGCAGGUGACCGACGCGGUGGGACGCUUCGUUUCGGCACUACUCCGCUUCUACUGAAGGCCAUGUGAGAUGGUCCCGACUGGUCACCGAGGCUGGGAUGACAUAACUUGAAGUGAAGAAGUUCAACAGCAGCGUUAAGUGACGAUGGCCGCGCUGAGUUUCCUCUGCCUAACAGCCCUGUUGUGGCGGACGGGCCAGAGCAGCAGAAACUGUCCGGACCUGAUCAUUGACAGCUGUCACUGCUCGACUGAGAGGUACAAGGAGCCGAGCCGGCACCGCGUCCGAGUCAAAGUGCUGUGUGAGGAUGUGGACUUGAUGGACACGCUGCCGCCAAGCGCCCUGCCAAACAGAACCGUUUCACUAAACCUGAGUAACAACAAGAUCUCUCUGUUGAGAAACGGCUCCUUCUAUGGCUUGGCCGCCCUGGAAAAGCUGUACCUGAAGAAUAAUCUGAUAAGUACAGUGGAGCCUGGAGCUUUCCGCGGUCUUUUGGCCUUGAAAAAACUGGAUCUUUCCGACAACAGAAUCGGCUGCCUCUCACCUGAGAUGUUCCUUGAUCUGGACAGACUCUCAAAAUUGGAUUUGUCCGGGAACAUCUUCUCCACACUUUCGACGGGCCUCUUCACAAACCUCCGGGAUCUUAGAGUACUGAACUUUGGCACCGAGACGCUGUUCUGCGACUGUCAGCUGAAGUGGCUGCUCCUCUGGGCUCAACAGAACUCCGUGAGGGUUGGUAAUGACACGGUCUGUGUUUUCCCAACCCACCUCCGUGGCUUGGAGUUUCGCAACCUACGAGAACAGCAGCUCAAAUGUGACGGUCCGCUGGAGAUGCCGCUGUUCCAGCUCAUCCCCUCCCAGAGGCAGCUGGUUUUCCGUGGCGACCAGCUACCCCUCCAGUGCACCGCCUCUUACCUGGACCAGUCCGUGGAGCUGCGAUGGCGUCACAAUGGCCACGCCGUCGUCACACAGCAGGAGACGGGCAUCUAUGUGGAGAAGACUCUGCUUCACGACUGCUGUUUGCUCACCAGCGAGGUUAUCCUGUCCAAUAUCGAUAUGGCCCUCGAUGGCAACUGGGAGUGCCUGGUGACCAGUUCCAGAGGAAACGCUUCUCGGCAAAUGGAAAUAGUUGUAAGGGAGACUUCGGCUCCAUACUGCCCUGCAGACAGAGUUUCCAACAACAAGGGCGAUUUCAGAUGGCCAAAGACUCUGGCUGGCAUCCUGGCCUUCCUGCCGUGUGCUCCUGCAACCUUUGGAUCGGCCCCCAACCCCUCUGGCAGCGCUUCCCAACCCUCGGGCCAAAGGCAGAAGAAAGCAUGGCGGCGAUGUGAUGGAGCUGGGCGGUGGGCUGAAGAGGACUACACUCAGUGCCCGUAUGCCAGUGAACUGACCCGCGGGCUGCAUCAGCUCACUCAGAUACCCAUUAAUACCAGCAAUGCUCAGCCUUUGGGUCAGCGGUUAGUGGCUUAUACACGCAGGGCUGCACACUUCACUGAUGUCAUGGAUGUCAUCUUUGUCACUCACCUUGUGGAAAGACUGACGAGGCUGCUGGAGAAAGAGAAAGACCUCGGGGACUACAUCUCAGACAUAGCCAGCAACAUGAUGUUGGUGGAGGAGCACAUCUUGUGGAUGGCUCAGAACGAUGCCAGGGCGUGCACCCGUAUUGUCCAGUGUGUGGAGCGUAUUGCCGACUUGGCCUUGACAGAAGACAAUCAGGUCAUUUCCAAGGUAUCCACUAACAUAGCUCUGGAGGCUUUUCUGAUCAAGCCGUCGAAUUUUCUCGGUUUAUCCUGCACGGCGCUCCAGCAGAGUCCCAUGUCGGCUAAAUUGCCCAUCCCGCACGGCCAUUUCUACCACGACAAGGACAAACAAGGGGAGCGCGAGGCCACGGGAGAGUCGUUGCUCAGUUUGAAAUGCCACACUGUCAACAACAGCGGCUCGCCAGCCGGUCAGCUCAGCCAGAACUCCGUGGCAGUCGCCUCGAUCCAUUUACCGCUGGCUGGUCCGCCUGUCUCCUCCUCUGCGUUGCAAUCUGUUGAUAACUCCACUUGCAGGCUGCAGUUCGUUCUCUUUCGCAAUGGGAAACUCUUUCCUUGCACAGGGAAUUCGUCAAACCUCGCAGACGAUGGGAAGCGCAGGAGCGUUUCGACACCAGUUGCUUUUGCCAAAUUAGAUGGCUGCAGCCGCGGCAGCGCCGCGCACUCCCUCACCGUCGCUCUCAGGCACUUUGCGCUGGGUGUAGACCCCACCGCAGCCUACUGGGAUUUUGACCUGCUGGAUGGACACGGCGGCUGGAGGGCAGAGGGCUGCCACAUAACCGCCUCCGGGGGCAAUACGACCACUAUUCACUGCACCCAUCACAAGAACUUUGCCGUGCUAAUGGAUUUCAAGAAGGUGUUGUCUUUCCCCCCGUACCCUGGGGAGUUUUUGCACCCUGUCGUGUAUGCCUGCACGGCGGUCAUGUUGCUCUGCCUCUUCGCCUCCAUCAUCACAUACAUAGUGCACCACAGCGCUAUCCGCAUCAGCAGGAAGGGAUGGCACAUGCUUCUCAACUUCUGUUUCCACACGGCGCUGACCUUCACCGUGUUUGCCGGUGGCAUCAAUCGAAUCAAAUACCCCAUCAUCUGUCAAGCGGUCGGGGUCGUGCUGCACUACUCAUCUCUGUCGACAAUGCUGUGGCUCGGGGUGACGGCCAGGAACAUUUACAAGCAGGUGACCAAGAAGUCUGCGCAGAGCCAAGACGGCGACCCACCUCCAACCCCUAAGCAGCCCCUGUUGAGAUUUUAUUUAGUCAGUGGCGGAGUGCCCCUCCUCAUCUGUGGCGUCACAGCAGCUGUUAAUAUGGACAUCUAUGGAAGCGGAGAGCAGGCGCCGUACUGUUGGAUGGCAUGGGAGCCCAGCCUGGGAGCCUUCUUCGGCCCCGUGGCCUUCAUCGUGCUGGUGACCUGCGUCUACUUCCUCUGCACCUUCAUUCAGCUCCGGCGACACCCCGAGAAGAAGUACGAGCUUAAGCAGCUGACCGAAGAGCAUCAGAGGCUGGCCGCCGGCGACGUGCCGACCCACUGUCACCAGGGAGCCGAGCCCGGGGCGCUGGCGGCGCCGUCUGGUGGCAGCAACUGCCCCGCUGGCUGCCCCGGCAUCCCCAUCAACCCUGCGCUGCUGGCCAACGAGCACUCCUUCAAAGCUCAGCUACGAACUGCUGCCUUCACCCUCUUCCUGUUCCUGGCCACGUGGACUUUCGGCGCGCUGGCUGUGUCGCAGGGACACUUCCUGGACAUGAUCUUCAGCUGCCUUUACGGUGCCUUCUCCGUCACCCUUGGCCUCUUCAUCCUCAUCCAUCACUGUGCCAAGCGCGAUGACGUCUGGCACUGUUGGUGCUCCUGCUGCCCGGGAAGGCGCGCCGACGCCUCCUCCGGCGCCCAGGGCUCUGCCCAAGCCCGGCCCAAGGUGAACGUGAACGGAAACACCCCGGGCCACGGUCACGGUCACAGCCACUGCCACCACGACUCGCCGUGCCAGGCCAAAGCCCUGCUGAGCUGCGCCCACAGCGGGCUGGGUCACUGUAAACAUGCUGCUCUCCCAUCCUCGCAAAACCCCGUGACGUGUCUGGCGCCGGUAACCCCGUGCUGCGCCGCCCUCCACAGCCAGCAGCUGAUGGAGGAGGAGCCCACGGCCACCCACGUGCUGCUGCACUCUGAACCGGGGAUCCAACUGCACCCCUGCCUGAAAAGCGGCACCAGGACUAAAAGCCGUCAGUUCGGCCACAAGGCCGGAGCCGGCGCCUGCGGGGCGGGGAGCGACAGGGAAUACGCCUAUCACAUCUCCUCCAGCGCAGACGGGGGCAGUAUGCACAGCUCGCACACGGACAGCCCCCACAGCACGCGCGAGCGGCACGCCCACAUCUGUCCCCAUCUGGCCCACGAAGGCCACCCAGACAGGCAUCACACGUGCCAUGCCACCGCAGCCACCCUGCACGAAUCGUUGGCGUGCCACAACCCCUGCCACAGGCACAUCUGCUGCUCCAAGGCAGACCUUUUCCCUUCCUUGUGUCCGGCCGAGUCAGGGGACACGGGCGUCUUCCUGUGCGGCUGCAGCAAAGCGGCCGAGGAGGAACCGGCGGCGGCGCACCACCACCUGGAGCUGCACGGCCCGCGCAGACAAUCGUGCCCCCAGAACCCGUCCAGUCAGAACGGGAUUCUAAAGGGAGGCAUGCAGGAAGGACUCCUGUACACCUCAGACAGCACAGGGAAUAUACGCACCGGCCCCUGGAAGAAUGAAACUACUGUGUAGUGCAGGAACAGAAGACGUUACAGGCGGUGCGCCGCCUCCUCCUCCUCCUGCCAAAACGAAUUUCGCCUCCCUUUCUAGAUAAAAUAAAAAAAAAGAAGUGAAAUUACAUUUUAAACAUCACAAUCAACGUGAGAAUUUUUUUUUUAUUUCAAUAUCCACAUGUUUUUUAUGUGUGCCGUUUUUCUUGUACAGAAAUCUUAUAUCAUGCAAACGCCUUCAGAGGUGCGUCCAUAGACCGAAGAGAACCACUUUCAACACUAACAGUUUGUGAAAUGUUGUCUCACGUUAUACCAUCAGAUUUAACUAAAGGUAUCCCCACUGCUCCAUAUUACUACAGAUCUAUCUCUCUAUAUAUAUUCAAAACAGUGAAUGGUUGUAUGUGUGAUUGUGUGUGUUAGUGCUCAAAGGCAACAAGCUGCAAGAUGUUUUUACUCUGAAUCUGAAACCACCAAUAGUCUACGUUGACAGUGAAUCUCCAGUACUUUGGCAUUCAUGUUCUAUCUAGACGACUAAACCAGCAAUUUUAGACUUCAUAUGGGUAUUUUUCUUUUUUUCUUUUUUCUUUUUUUUUGCCAUCACAACUGUGAAUACCUACUAGAGAUUUUUCUAAAUGAUAUACAAAGAUACCUUUGCUUGGCAGAGAUGUGUGGGUGCCAGUUUAGUUGUAGAAAAAUCACAGCAGAAAAAGCAAAGUGAAAACUAUGCGUGCUCCUAUCCAGGUUUCUAUUGAUCGUGAUGUCUAUAUGAUGUCUUCACCUUAGUGUUUUCCCUCUUCCUGAAAAGAAUAAAUCGACGGCACAUCAGGAGGAACGGCGAUGUCACUGUGGAUGGUGAGCUAAUGUCAGUGAGUUAUUGGAUUCACUCCGUUUACUCAAAGUCGGGUCAUGACAGUGAGUUAUUGGUUUGAUUUUUUUCUUUUUCUUUUCAUCUCAGUUUUCAAAUGUUCCACCUGACAAAACUGCUUGUAAAGACAGUCAUUAAAAGCAACCAAGUGUU